CGGGAGAUCAUGUCUGCGUUUCAUAUAAAUUAUAGCCUAGGGGCCAGAGGGUCCUAAAAAGCUGGAUGCGAGUUGUUUUCCCUCGCAAUGGUUUGGUGUCGAUUCGAGAGUGUGAAGAUGAACCACGACGUGGCUCGUGUAGUAGCGCCGCCACGACAUGUUGUACAAAACCUUGCUCCACCAGCCCCACUGCCAGUCUUCCGUGCACCCGCCAAACCGGUCGCAGCCGUCGAGCAUCCACGGCACCAUGACGCGCUUGUCCUGGGAAGAGAGCGCGGUUUCAAUGCGUUUUUGCAUGUGGCGGGUGUAGCUCUCGUGGUUGAACGUCGACGCGAGGGCUUUCCCAAAGUCGCCUUCAUCGCGGUCAAGGGUCGCGCUCAAAAUGUGCUCCAGCGUCUCGAUGUACUCGGAGAGCUGCAGGAUGUAGCUAGCCCACGCCAUUUCGCCGUGGUUGGCUUCGUCCGGGGCGUCGGACGGCGAGGCGCCAUGACGAACCUCGGGCAUCGAUGUUUGGAAAUACUUGAUUGCGUCCAGCACGGUCAGCACAGCCUCGUGCGACUUGACCGUGGUAACGAGGAGCUCUCGAAGGGACGGGUUCACGCCGAUAAUUGCAGGGAGCAUCACGUUGGCCUUGACAUUGCAUUGCGUGUGGACAUACUGCGCAAAAUGAUCAAACCAGGCAAAGAACGCCGGCAUUUUCCGCGCCGCCGCCUCGUACGGAAGAUACGUCAGGUGCACGAGCCGUCGGAUGGUCACCAUGGCACGACGCAACGGCUCAUGGGGAAGCAAGAACACCUGGUCGUGCCAAGCGAGGCUGCCGUUGGCAAGCUUUGCCUGGAGAACAGGGGACAGAAUCGAACGCGACUCGUUCGACACGUCGUGCGGGUCCAACGCGGACGACGAGAGCGGUUGUGUCACGUGGUGUGGCGGCGCUUCUGGAAACUCCGCGAUCGCUUGAAGCCACGCGGCGUGCGAAGACGUAGAUGCCACCGUCGGGAGGUGGGUUUUGAACGAGUGCUGCUGGGCUUGCGCACCGUCGUCGAUCGUAUGGAAAAACGAUUCAAGACCGUCUUCUUUUUCCGAGCUAGAUGUCCACACACGAGAUGCCCAAAUGUUGACGUGUUCCUCGUACUGCUCGUCGUCAAAGUAGAAUGGCGGCGCCGCGUUGUCCGUGUUCACCGACGCGGAGGCUUCGUUGGCAUCAAAAUCGUCCGAGAUCUCAGCCGAGUCGGCGGGCACAAGUGCGAACGGCAUCACGUACGGCAACGACGCGUUCACGUACGAAGCGGCAGUGGAAGCGAUUGAGGACGAUGCAGCCCCCGUUUGCACUCGCAUGGACGUGACGUCAUCGCAUUCCCAGAGACAGGUUCCGACCGUCGCGUUGCUCGUAAACGUGCACGAGUUGUUCGGUCCAAGAGUAGAGUUGCUGCUGGCGCGUUCGAGUGGAUCGGCCGUGAUGGACGAUAUGCUUUUGUUGCUGCUAUUGGCGACUGUGGCAACGUUAGUUGUGUUCGAGACGUCAGCGUGGCCGACAUCGGCGGACAAUGGAUGCAGAAAUGCCCGGGGCGACGCAUUGGACCGGCAGUAGGAUGGAGUUGAGGCACCGUCAACGACGAUGGCGGAUUCAGAGUACUGGCAGUGAAUGGAGUCACCGUCGUUGCCUUCCGGGUUGGUCGACUUGGCCGAGUAGAGCGAGUUCAUCGAUUCGACGUCGUUCUCGUCGACGUCAACCACGUUCAAGCUCGUCGCGGGGGAUGUACUGGGCAACAUGCUGAUCGAACACAGCCAGUGAUGAUGGCUGUAGCUUGCUGGAGCCGUGCGGGAUGAGAUUUGAG